AUGUCCGUGCGAGUCAAGACACUCGAAAUUCGAUGGCACCACAGUGCCGAGAAGAACUACAGCGAGCCCAUCUAUGCAUGUGACUUCCAGCCCCUACCAGCCAAUCAAUUGAAGAAGCUGGUCGCACCGAGGAUACAACAAGGUCGAGACAGAGAUAAAGAAAAGGAUAAGGAUCUUUCAGGUCCUGGGUAUGGUCAGUGCUACCGACUGGUAACAGGAGGAGGAGAUAACAAUAUCAGAGUGUGGAUGGUAUACCCGAAUGUUGCGGCGCCAGGCCAGACAACACCAAGCCAGCCAUCCCGUGUAGAAUAUCUCGCUACCCUCAGUAAACACACUGCUGCGGUCAAUGUAGUGCGCUUCAGCCCCAACGGUGAAUUUAUCGCGUCUGCUGGUGAUGACGGGAUGCUCGCCAUAUGGUCUCCGUCCGACAAACCUGUGCACAACUUUGGAGACAACGCUGAAGAGCUUCAGUACGAAAAGGAACAUUGGCGACCUCGGGUUGUUGUUCGUGCGACCACUCGUGAAGUCUAUGACCUGGCAUGGAGUCCUAAUGGAGAAUACAUUGUUACAGGCAGUACCGAUAAUACUGCACGUGUACACAACGCUCUUGACGGCACAGUCGUACGAGAGAUCACGGAACACUCCCAUUAUGUUCAAGGAGUUGCCUGGGACCCUCUCAACGAAUUCCUUGCCACCCAGAGCUCAGAUCGAUCUGUUCAUGUGCAUGCGAUAACCACUAAACGAGGCGUGUUCGAAACUCACGCAGUGGGCAAAAACUCAAAAAUGAAGGUACGCCAAACGCGUACGCCAAGUCGGAACCCGCCUCCUCAACCUCAUGCCCCACGCAUGGUGCGCCGACAAUCGAAUGCAAGUGACACUGAAUCGAUCAUGACGUCUGCCAGCGAACGCCCAAGCGAGAUGGAGAGAGAACCCUCAGGGCACCCCGUGUCGACGCCGAAUCAGGGGCAGGGCCAGAAUCAGCAAUCAUACCGGGCGUCAUCCGCCGCAUCUAACACAGCGCCGACCCAACUUACUGCACCACUUACCCCAGCGACGUCGAUUGCGAGCACCCCGGUUCACACGUCUGCUCCAAUGUUCCCGCCUUCAUCAUCACGUCGAUCUUCGAUCAGUUCUGCUGCGGCUCCGUCACCUCCUCAUUCUGCCAUGAGUCGUUACGGCCGAUCGCCAUCCCCAAUGCCCCCGCUCCCUGCCAUACGUACCCCUCUGCCAACGAGUACUAAUACCGCUGCAUGGGCGACAAAACUCUAUGGCGACGAGAAUUUUACGAAUUUCUUCCGCCGGUUGACGUUUAGCCCAGAUGGUGCACUGAUGCUCACUCCUGCCGGACAAUUUGAAGAUCAUUCGCAUGCCCUCGAGAUUGCGGCUAAUACUGGUCGAGCUACCACUCCUACCCCGAGCUCGCGUGCCUCGAGCCGGGCUCCCGACGACCCACCUGUACGACCCAAACGUGAACGCCCACUCACUGGUACAGAUGCCACGGCGCAAUCGAGUGUAUAUAUUUAUGCUCGAGCGGGUCUCUCAAGCGGUCAACAUCCAAUUGCUCACUUGCCUGGGCAUAAACGUGCUAGCGUGGCGGUCAAGUUUUGCCCGUUGCUAUUUGAGCUUCGGCAUGGGGUGAAUGCUCCAGGUGAAAUGAAGCGGGUCUCUUUGGAGAUGGGGAAGGAGCAGGUUGUCCACGUGGAUAUGGGUGCAGGGGCCAGUCCGAGCCCUAGUAUCGGUACUGUCAGCAGUGCGCAACCUCCUUCACCAGCUCCUUCAAACGUAUCCAUGAGUGGACCGGGGUCAGUCCCUGCGACGCCGAACAGUGGAUCAAAGACCCUACCACCCCCGGCUUUCACCGAAGUCACCCCAAAUACCGCUAACAAGCUAUCGACGAGUUCCGUUUUCGCAUUACCUUAUCGAAUGCUUUUCGCAGUAGCGACGCAGGAUAGCGUAAUGAUAUAUGAUACUCAGCAAGCCGGACCGAUAUGCAUGUUCUCGAACUUGCAUUACAGUAGUUUCACUGACAUGGCUUGGGCUCCUGAUGGCCAAUCUUUGAUGCUCGCCUCGUCAGAUGGGUACUGUUCGCUCGUCGUUUUCGACGAUGUACUUCCAUUAUAUCACACUCAACAACACAACUUGCAGCUACAUUCCAUAGCCGCAUCCCAUUCCCACCCUCACCCCAACUCGCGGACGCCCGUACGUCCGUCUGCAUCGCCAGCCGUGUCAACUGUCUCGUUACCAGGACCUGGCCCGCGAACAUCAAGCGGAGGUGUCCUGAAACGUGCGGCAGAUUCAAAUUCUAGCUCUGUACUCCCCACUCCCGCGUUAACCACCACGAACCCUGGCGUUCCCGAAGAAGCACCUCCAGCUGUCGAGCCAUCAACAACUGCACCAGAACCCGUCAAGAAGAAACGACGAAUUGCGCCAACGACCAUUUCGACGCUCGAUAAAUGA